GCGAGGCCAGGUGAGGCGGCAAAUCGCCGCGCCCGCUGCCGGAUUGUCGGUGUGGCUUGGGACCGGACACAGUUUGUCACGUUCGCAGAAGAGGGCCAAUGUCACUGUUACAAAAUGCCCCCAAAUACCUCGAAAAUCCAAGUUCCCUCCCCCCUGUGACAUACCAAGAAGCAGGACUCAAUGUUCCUGCGUCUUGUUGGGCAGCGAUUGAGCAGCACGUUCGUUGGUUUCCCCGCGGGUGGCUUUUUUUCGGUGACAUUCUUCUCUUUACCGCCCCCUCCAUUCUUCUGACCCUUGGCCGGGAGGUGUUUGUGCUGGGCAUCACGUUGUUGAGACACGCCAGCCCACGCAUAUCUGAUUAUCAUGCAGGGUGUCAUCCCUCCUGUGCAGCUGUCAUUUUUCUGCCAGCAGGUUUACCACGGUUGUUGGCUUUGUUCGUUUAUACUUUGAUCAUUCUGAUGACGAACGCUGGCGAUGAUGCCCAGAAUUGCUUGAAACUGACACCUGAAUUGGUGCAAGUGGACCUGAUUCCCCCGGCUUGGUUGAGACUUGGAGAGUGAGGUUGUUACACGGCGAUGCGCAAGGUGGAUGCAAGGCUCUCCGUUUGUCACCUCCUUCGAUGACGAUUUUAUUUUUCGAAUAUUUAAUAAUUUU